CAGAAUUCUUUUUAUCAUCUCAACAGUCAAACAUCACUCCAAAAAUUAAUCUCCUUUUAAAAUCUCCCACACGCAAAUCAUACCAUACCACGCCACAAUCCUCAAACUCACUCACUCAACCUUCAUUUUCUCUCUCCUCCACACAACAAUGGCUUCCUCACUCUCUAUCCUACUACUUGCAGCUUUAAUCUCCUGCUUCGCAACCUCAUCUUUAUCAUCUACUUUCACUGAUGAAAAUCCUAUCAGAUUAGCAUCAGACGGUCUACAUCAUAUUCAAUCUUCUGUUUUCUCUCUCCUCGGCAACUCUCGUCAUGCUCUCUCCUUUGCUCGAUUCAUCCACAGGCAUGGAAAGAGGUACGAGACAGCGCAAGAGAUGAAGAUGAGAUUUGAUACUUAUCGUGAGAAUUUGAAGUUGAUUAGAUCGUCUAAUAAGAAAUCUCUCUCUUAUAAACUUCAUGUUAAUCACUUUGCUGAUUGGACAUGGGAAGAAUUCCAAAGUCACAGAUUGGGAGCAGCUCAAAACUGCUCUGCCACCCUCGAGGGCAGUCACAAGUUAUCCCAUGCUAUCGCUCCUGCAGAGAAAGACUGGAGAGCUGAGGGAAUAGUUAGCCCAGUUAAAAAUCAAGGCCACUGUGGAUCUUGCUGGACAUUCAGUACUACUGGAGCUCUGGAGGCAGCUUAUGCUCAAGCAUUUGGAAAUAUCAUCUCUUUGUCUGAGCAACAACUUGUUGAUUGUGCUGGCGCAUUUAACAAUUAUGGUUGCAAUGGUGGUUUGCCAUCUCAGGCUUUUGAAUAUGUCAAGUACAAUGGAGGUCUAGAUACAGAAGAGGCUUAUCCAUACACAGGAAAGGACGGUGAAUGUAAAUUCUCAGCCCAAAAUGUCGGUGUUCAAGUUCAUGACCGUCCAGUCAAUAUCACCCUCGGAGCUGAAGAAGAACUAAAGGAUGCUGUGGCAUUCGUUCGUCCAGUGAGUGUGGCAUUUGAGGUUGUUGAUGAGUUCAGGUUCUACGAGAAGGGAGUUUACACCAGCACAACUUGUGGCAGCACUCCCAUGGAUGUGAACCAUGCUGUUCUUGCUGUUGGAUAUGGUGUGGAGGAUGGAGUCCCAUACUGGAUCAUCAAGAACUCAUGGGGAGAGGAUUGGGGUGAGAAUGGAUACUUCAAGAUGGAGAUGGGCAAAAACAUGUGUGGUGUCGCUACUUGUGCAUCAUACCCUGUUGUAGCCUAAAAGCUCCUUCAAAAAAAAAGCAUUGUGUAAUAUGAAGAAUGAUUUCUCCAUUAUUCACUCUCUUUUGGCAUCAAAGUGCAAGGACAUAGCUACAGCUGCACGAGGACAGAAUGCAUAUAUAUAGUUUUGCUGUGGUUCUUUUCAACUCAUUGUCCUUCCCCAUUCAAGCAAACUUUAAUUUGAUAUGUAAAAUUUCUUCAUGUAAUUUUCUGAUGUAAGUAAGAACUCUCCAAAGACAGGUUAAGAUAAUGGGAAUCUGUGGGAUGUACCAAAAUGAUAAGUCCCAAAACACAGUUAAUCUGCAUAUGUUCAGGGUUGUCGAUUAUAAGGAUAUUGGCUCAUUUGAGAGGAGGUAAUGAAGUAUAGAAAUAAAACUUUUUUACCAUUAGUUAUA